AUAAGAAAAUAUUAACCCUUUCUGUCCUAAUGCCGCACAUAUAUGUUUUUUAAAAAGUAGGUCUGUAGUCCCAGCCGCCAUAUAUAUAUUUUCAAGGUGCUAUGGUCUCAAUUUACCAAAGCCGUAAAUAUUACUAACUUAUAAAAUUUUAGACCCGUUGGUGUCCCAAUGCCGUAGAAAUAUGUCCGAAAAUGUUAGAUCAUUGGUCCCAAAGCCAGGUCAUGCGGACCCAUUGGCGUAUAUAUUUGUUCGCAUAUUGAAGAUAAAUUCUAUAUUGUAGCACACGUGGCAACGCUGUUACAUGCAUAGGUCGAAGGUGAAGUUCGGUAGAACGAUUUGGCGUGUUGCACCACUUCAAAAUUCAGUUUUAAAAAGCAUUUCAGGUACAACAGUCGCAAUCGUGCGCGCGAUAUGAGUAAAGCACGUGGUUCUAAGCGUAAAAAGUAUGAGGAUGUAGAAAACUUUUGUGGGCUAUCAAAAACUGGAAUAUGACGAUAUUUUGGAAGCUCUAGACUCUGAUGAAGAGCCAUAUGUCUCUAGUGGCAGUGAGUAUAAUCCAGAUUCAGAUGAAGAUGACAAGAUAAAUGAAGUUAUAUUUGAUGAGUUCAAAAAUAGCAAUAAUGGCUCAUCUGACGAAGAAAAUCCUGUUGAUGGUCAAGACAGAAAUACAAAUAAUAAAACACCUGAAGUGAUUCAAGAUAAUUUGGCCCUAAAACAAAAUUUGGUUCUGAAAUGGAAUAAAACUCCGUUUAUUCCCGUAGUGCAUGAUUUUGAUGAUAGAGAGACCGGAGCACACUUGGACUCCAUAGAAAAUAAGUCGGAUGCUUUAAGUUAUUUUUUUUUAUUUAUGGACACAGAGAUAGUUGAGAUUAUUGUCUCUGAAACUAACAAAUAUGCUUCCGAGGUUUAUGCAAAUAAAAAAAAGAAAUGGAGCGAAACUGAUAUCAACGAAUUUUACGUGUUUUUGUGUGUUAUGUUGCUAGCCUCACGACAUGGAUAAAAUGAAGUUAGAGAAAACUGGUCUACUGAUAAAUUGCUUCAUACACCAAUAUUUUCCGAAAUAAUGUCAAGGAAUCGUUUCCAAGCAAUCCUUGGCAUGUUACACUUUUCAGUUAAUGCUGACCAAAAAGAAGGUGAUUCUUUUCACAAACAGAUCAGUGUUCAAUAAAAUUACAUCACGGUUCCAAAAGUACUUGACUUCAUUUAAAAAUUUUGGUAUCGACAAGAGCUUAGUUCUUUUCAAGGGGCGUUUGAGAUUCAAACAGUAUAUAAAGACCAAACGCCAUCAUUUUGGAAUGAAACUUUUUCUAAUAUGUGACUGCGAGACAGGCUAUGUAUUAGGUGUUAUUGUCUAUACUGGAAAAUCGACAGAUAUUACUCUGUUCCAAGAUCUUGGAAUAUCAGGCUCAGUUGUAGCAAAACUUAUGGAUCCAUAUUUGAACAAAGGCCAUAACCUGUACACAGACAACUGGUACACUAGCCCUACUUUGUGUACAUAUCUGCAUAAACAUAAGACUAAUUCCUGCGGGACAGUCCGUCCUAAUCGUAAAGAGAUGCCCAAUUUAACUCAGAAAUUAUCUAAAGGAGAGUCUAUCUCGAUAUGUGCCGAAAAUUUGCUUUGCGUGAAAUGGAAGGAUAGGCGUGAUGUUAUGAUGCUAACUACUUUUCAUGAAGAUCGCAUAGUAGCGUUAGACAAAGUAGAUUUCAAGACCGAAGAACCCAUACAAAAACCAGCUAUUGUUGUGGAUUACAACGAAAAUAUGGGUGCAAUAGAUCGAUCAGAUAUGAUGUUGAGCUCCACGGAAUGUAUAAGAAAGUCCACAAAAUGGUAUAAAAAGCUAUUUUUCCACAUGGUUGAUCUUUCUCUUCUCAACGCACAGACACUCUAUUUGACCCAAUCUUCAGCAAGGCUACCGCUUGCAGAUUAUCAACUCACCAUUAUAGGAGCACUUUUUGAUGGAUAUAAACAUGAAAAAAACAGAAGUAUAAACCCUUUAACCAAGAAUCCUUGAAGGCUCAAAGGGCAACAUUUUCCUAGUUCAGUUCCUGAUAAGAAAGUGAAGCGAUGUGUCGUUUGUAGCCACAGAAGUGGCCAGAAAAAAAGAAGCAAAUCGAGAUACAUGUGUGCAAGAUGCGGAGUUGGUCUUUGCGUAGUACCGUGUUUUGAGGAGUAUCACACAAAAGAAAACUUAUAAUGUUAAUUUUUUACAUUAUUUUUUUAAAGUUAGUUAGAUUUUUUCAAGUUGGUUUUGCUCUCUGAUCAGUAUUUCUAAACAGAAAACGUUUAGGUUUGUUAAAAAAUAUAUUUUUUUCCCAUUAAAAAAACAUUAUUUGGUCAUUUAUUUGUUUAUUUGUAUGCGACGUAUAUAUAAGGCAAUGGGACUCUUAGCAUGAAAAAACCUCUGGGACUGAGGAACCAACAUGUAAAUCAAGGCCCGGGACAGAAAGGGUUAAGGAAGUUUAUUACUUUUAUGUUUUAAUGCUUUUCAAGUAGGCAUACUUAUUAAAAUGUACCUCAUUCACUGGUUAGAUAUAUCACAAAAAAUGUAUUGAACAAUGUAGAAUCAAAUUAUUAUGUGACAUAGUGUUUAGAGAAAAAUACAUUGUUCUUUAUUUUUGUUUUCCCAGAAAAGGUUACGUUUACCAAGUAGUCUAUAUAAACAAAACUUGCAGCAAUUAUACAUUUAUACAGUGAAUACAAAUUCUCAAUAAACUUGUCUUCAAUUUUAUUUGAGAUAGUGAAAUCAUUGAUAUACGAGUUGACCCGUAACCAAUUUACCCCCUGUAUCUUCAUUGUUAUUUUAUAUGGAUGUUUCAAAUCCGGUUUCACCGGAAGCGCAUCCAAUUUUUAUAUUUCAAAUUAUAAGUGUACAAACUCAGAAACGAGUCCGUGAUCAACUGGAAUUCAUGCCCUCUAUAUCCAGCCUGGAAGAAGAGUGCCAUUCUUACCUGAAAGGCAUGCUUUUGAAGAUAUAUGGACCGGAAGUUUCCCACUCUAGAGAUUUUCAGAAUAAUUCAGAACUUUUGAGAACAUUCCAAAACAUCCUGGAACAUUCUGAAUGUUCAAAAAUAGUCUGAAACAUUCCAGAUUAACAUUAACAUUCCAGAGCAAACUUGAAUGCUAUGGAAUGUUAAGAACAUACUAUACCAUUCUUAGCCUUUUUGUAUAGGUUUAGCUAUCCAAUAGUAAGGGUAUAUAAAACAAGAUCAGUUGUGGGUUCAAAUAUUAGUGUCUUAUCAGGAAAAUACAAAUAGUUUAUAAUGUAAUGUUAAUUCUUUUAUGUCAACUACCACACAAAUUUCCUUAGCAAACCUGGUACCCAGGUAGUUGUAAAUGUUUUUUUUUUGUAGUUUACUUGGUGAUAUAUAAUUUGCAAAUUUGACAGUAAAGUGAGAGGGUGUUUCAAUGACGACAAUUUUGUCUCUGUAUUCAACAGAAAUGAAAAUUUUUAAUUUGAAAAACUAGAAUAAGAACACAAUGAGUAUUGUUAUUUGACUAUUUCUUUCAUUGAGAUAUGUUGAAUAUUUUUCCGUUAUGG